GCCCGCCGCCGCGCCGAGCCCCCCGAGCAGGGCCGGGCCGUGCCGCGCCGAGCGGAGGAUGGCGGAGAGCGAGGCGGAGACGCCCAGCACGCCGGGCGAGUUCGAGAGCAAGUACUUCGAGUACAACGGCGUGCGGCUGCCGCCCUUCUGCAGGGGCAAGAUGGAGGAGAUCGCCAACUUCCCCGUGAGGGACAGCGACGUCUGGAUCGUCACCUACCCCAAGUCAGGCACAGGCUUGCUGCAGGAAGUGGUUUAUCUAGUGAGCCAGGGAGCCGAUCCCGAUGAGAUUGGACUAAUGAAUAUAGAUGAACAACUGCCAGUUCUAGAGUACCCGCAGCCUGGUCUGGACAUCAUCAAGGAACUGACCUCGCCUCGCCUCAUAAAAAGCCACCUACCGUAUCGGUUUUUGCCUUCAGACCUCCAUAAUGGUAAUUCUAAGGUAAUAUACAUGGCUCGCAACCCCAAAGACCUGGUCGUGUCUUAUUACCAGUUUCACCGCUCCCUAAGGACCAUGAGCUACAGAGGGACGUUCCAGGAGUUCUGCAGAAGGUUUAUGAAUGACAAGUUAGGAUACGGUUCAUGGUUUGAACAUGUCCAAGAAUUCUGGGAACAUCAUAUGGAUGCCAAUGUACUUUUCCUCAAGUAUGAAGAUAUGCACAAGGAUCUAGCCACAAUGGUCGAGCAGCUGGUGAGGUUCCUGGGGGUCUCCUACGACAAAGCCCAGCUGGAGUCCAUGGUGGAGCACUGCCACCAGCUCAUCGAUCAGUGCUGCAACGCGGAAGCGCUUCCCGUCGGCAGGGGACGAGUUGGGCUAUGGAAAGACAUCUUCACUGUUUCAAUGAAUGAGAAAUUCGAUUUAGUUUACAAACAGAAGAUGGGAAAAUGUGACCUCACAUUUGAUUUUUAUUUAUAAAAAGAUGCAUGCCUAUGAUAUCCAAAUAUAGCUAGAAGUGCUUUAUGCAGUCAUUUAUUACUUGCUGGACAAACUCCUGUAGCUAUUAUGUGUGUUGAGAUUUAAGGAAAGGAGAACAAUCUAAGUAAACCAUAGCAAAUACAAUUAUCUUUGAUCCUACACAGCUGUUUAUCUUUUAGUAUUUUAAUCCUUUGUCCACAUGCAGGAACUUCCUAGACAAUACUAGAAUAAUCAGCUGUUACGGAAUGUAUUAUAUGCGUAUAAGGUAUAUAUCAUAUAUGCAACUAGAAUGUACACACCCUUUCAGCCCCACGUUAUUUAAUGUGUUUUAUAGAAGCUUUUCACUAAAACCUAAAAAUAAGUCCAUAAACCAAAUAAAAAUUAUUUCAGAGGGAAACAAGUUAACAGGCCAAAACUGUAUGCUAGAAUGAUCUCAGGGGUUAAUCGUCACAUUUAUUUUUAUAGCUGGUAUAUCAAGUACAAAUCAAUCCCAUUCCAAAAUAGGACCUGGUUCAAGUGGGGCUUCCAUUACAUUCUCUCACCUGCAUGACUUAGGCGCAGGCUCCGUGGGCCGCCUUACUCCGCAAGCCAGGCCUUGUUAGGAAAGACUGCUGUGACUGUCCCUGUGGUGCCCAAGGCGCCCGUGCUCUCUGGUGCACCUGGUUUGGGGGUGGUUAAAGGUCAGCUCUGUGCAGAAGUCCAGCAAACAAGAGCAUCUCGCGCUCCCAAGGCUGCCCCAGGCCCUUAAAAUGCAACUUAAACACAGGGCAUCCAGUGCAGUUCUCUCUCUUCACAGAGCAGGGUUUCCCACAGAAACUGCCUCGUUCCUCUUGAGACCAGUGGAUACAGUAAGAGCAGGUGCUGGCUCUGCUCUGGCUCAACCCAAAUCCUCAAAGUGCAGGGCACAGCUCAUGGUCGGUGCUACGGGAUCCCAUCGCGCCCAAGGGGAAGACGGAUGGAGGUUUCAGCGUAAGCAGGCGCAGGAGACAGCAGCGCUGAGGGAAAUGAGUUUAAGAAUAUGCCACCAGAUGGAAGUAUUGCACAAAUAUUCAGCCAGAAUACAGUCUUGAGAAUUAUUAGCAAUGAACCGCCUGCAUUAUUGUCAAAACUAAGUUCAUUUCUAUAGUGCUUUUUAUUUAUUUAUUUAUUUAUUUAUUUAUUUAUUUGAUAUGACAGUUGCACAUACAGCCUGCAACAGACUAGUUUCACAGUAAAAUUCUCCAGAAUUAUUUUAUCAUUGUUCCUUUACAUAAUGAAUCUAUGUUCUUUAGGUUCUCAGCUGCAGAAGGCCCAUUUUUGCUAGUCCGCUAUUCUGUCACACUAUAGGCCGUGAGGAAGAACUAGCAGAUAUUUAGUGUUUCAGUUAUGUUGGGAAACAAACUGCCGGUUCAGCAGCUGGCAAGUAGUGUAGCAUGACGUGGCUUGACAGCACUUUUCCUUGUAUAUUUGUGAGUGAAAAUGCUUUUGGUGAAAUUUCAUUUCUAUUUUUAUAUUUUUAGUACUGUAUGAAUAUUAAGCA